GGGGCCGGCGUGCUGUACCCCUUCCAGCCCCGCGCCCGCUACGAGGACUACGGGGAGGAGCAGAGCCCCUACAGAGCGCAGGGCUUCUAUCCCGAGCGGCCCCACGCCGCCCCGCAGGACGGCCUGGACCGCCGCUAUUCGCACAGCCUGUACCACGAUGCUGGGCUGCUCCCCGAGCACGGCACGGCGGAUGCGUACAGCACCAACCAACGCGGCACGGUCAUCACCAACGAUAACCUCCAGCCUCCAGUUGGGUCCCAGCCGGUGAGCGGGACGGCUUAUGGGAAUCAGUAUCAGCCCUACGAGGCGCAGCCGCCGUUCCGGGCGUUGGAACCCUAUGGGGCGGUGCGUCCCGAUGUCUUUGUGCCUGCCAGGAGCCCCGAGGUGGCACAGGCUGUCCCUGACAACCAGGCACGGCUCAGCGUGGGCAGCGUCUACAGGCCCAGCCAUGGAGGACGGGGUCUCCCUGAUCUGGUGCCCGACCCCAACUAUGUGCAAGCAUCCACCUACGUGCAGCGAGCUCACCUCUAUUCACUGCGCUGCGCCGCCGAGGAGAAGUGCCUGGCCAGCACUGCCUACACCCCCGAAGCCACAGACUAUGACGUGCGGGUGCUGCUGCGGUUCCCGCAGCGGGUGAAGAACCAGGGCACAGCUGACUUCCUGCCCAGCCGUCCCCGGCACAGCUGGGAGUGGCAUAGCUGCCACCAGCACUACCACAGCAUGGAUGAGUUCAGCCACUACGACCUGCUGGAUGCCACCACGGGCAGGAAGGUGGCCGAGGGCCACAAGGCCAGCUUCUGCCUGGAGGACACCACCUGUGAUUUCGGCAACCUGAAGCGCUACGCCUGCACCUCCCACACCCAGGGCUUGAGCCCAGGGUGCUACGACACCUACAACGCCGACAUUGACUGCCAGUGGAUCGAUAUCACGGAUGUGCAGCCGGGGAAUUACGUCCUAAAGGUCCAAGUGAACCCCAAAUACAUUGUCUUGGAGUCAGAUUUCACCAACAACGUGGUGCGGUGCAACAUCCACUACACUGGCCGCUACGUCGCCACGACAAACUGCAAGAUCUCCCAAUCUUGAGCCAAGCGGGGCUGCCCAGGCUCCUCCAGUGCCCCACCACAAGCCCAGAAACCACCUCAAAACACCACCCACGACUGCUUCACAGUAUCUAGAGAGAAGCGAGAGUGACUGUUUGAAAUAUUUUUAUACUUAACUUUUCCUUAACCUGCGUUGUUUUUCUGUUUUCUGAUGGAAGCUGAUGAUAAGUUUUAGCUGGAAUAAUGGAAGGCUUGCUACCGAGCUGGCAGGUCGCAUGUUUAGCAAUAGGGAGCUCGGUAGCUUAAACCUUCCUGUAUUUUGGGGGGGUUCAGGCAACGCCACACACCCCACACUGCCUCCCACCAGGAUGAAGACAGCAAAGAGUUGGAGGCACUUCCCCAGAAACUCGGGCUCCGUGCACAGCCCUCAGGACAACAGGACGCCUGGUUUAUUAUUGAAAUCAUUAUUUUCACGAGUUGUUAAAAACAAAAAAAAAAGCAAAAA